AUGGAGUGUGACCAUGGAGAUGGUUAUAUGCGUUCAUGUUGGAUUUGUAUUUGUUGUUCUCAUUUGAUUGCAGUGUGGUUUGAUUUGGUUAGGAUGGCUGACCAAAGGCAAACUCGUGGUCGAGCUGCGAUGAUACGAGAUGCACCCGAAGAGGCUCAUGAUGAGUCGUCUGUGCAUAUAGGGCAACAUGAACCGGCCAACGUAGCAGGUAGAGGCCGUGGGCGUGGUAGACCUAGAGGUAGAGCUAGAGGUCACGCUGUGGAGGAACAGGAACCAGUUCAGGCUCCUGGGAUACCACAACAACCUAACGCGCCAGGCUUCGACUUUAAUCAGUUCUUAGCUGGAGUUGCAGCUAUGCAGGCUAACCAAGUGGAGAAUCAGGCUAUGCAUAGGGAGCAACUAUUGCAACAACAACAGCGUGUUGGUGCAAAUGUUGAUAGAGACAGUGUUUUGGCUUAUAUGCGGCUCAAACCAACAGAAUUUGAUGGUUCAGGCGAUGCAUUGGAUUUUCUUGAGGAAGUUGAGCGUAAUGCUAGACGUUUGCAGGCUGACGAGAGACAGUCAAUCUUGUUAGUUGAAAUGUCAAUGAAAGGACCAGCAAAAGAUUGGUUUCGACGUAUAAUUCAACCUACGAUGAAUCAAAUGACCUGGGCAGAGUUUGUUAAUCGGUACAGAGAAUUUUAUCUGCCAUUUUCUGUGACCGAGAGUUAUCGUGAUCAAUUGCUGAAUUUGAGAAGAGGAAAUAGGUCAGUGCAAGAAUAUGUGACAGAGUUCACUAGGUUGGGAAGAUUUGCACCUGAUUUGAUGGAUGAUCCAGCAAGGGCGAAUGCGAGUUUUAUCAAGGGUUUAGGACCCGAGUUUAUUAGCCUUGUUUCUGAUGUGAACCGAGAUUUGAUCCAGUUGAUAGACAGUGCACGUCAAAUGGAGACUUCGUUGGUACAGUUUGGCAGAAUUGUAAAUUCUACUGCACCAGUGUCGACAAGGAGUGAUCAAGUUGGUGCGACAGCCAAUACACAAAUGUGGUUUAAUCCAAGUGGUUUUACUGGACCGCGACGUAAAAAUUUUAAAGGGAAGAGUAAUAAGCGUUUCAAUACCCCUGGAGCUAGUUCAAGUGGACGUAGCUCAGGAAGUUCUGGAGUUUUAACUCCAUAUUGCCAGAAUUGUCGGAGGAGACACUAUGGAGUGUGUCACCUUGCUCCAGGAGCGUGUUUUGUUUGUGGCCAACCAGGCCAUUAUGCAAGACAAUGUCCGAUGUCAGGAGCACAAGGGUCUGCUGCCAGUGUUGCUCAACCUUUUCAGCAGCAGCGGAGACCUAUGUUUCCGGCGGCAUCUGGGCAAGGUCAAACUGGUAGUACAUUUACUAGCCAGAGAGGAAGAGGUUUUGGUAAUAAUCGAGGUGGAGGAAGAAAUGGUGGAGGAAGAGGUACUGGUCAGAACUCUCAAGCGGAGGGGAGUCAAGCCAGGGUGUUUGCACUAAAUCCACAAGAGGCUCAAGCCUCUAAUGCAGUUGUGCAAGGUAUUUUUACUAUAGCUUCAAUGGAUGCUUUAGUAUUAUUUGAUCCGGGUGCAACACAUUCAUUUGUUUCACCGAGUUUUGCGAUUAAGAUGGGAAAGCAACCCGCUUACUUGCAAAAUCCAUUAUCAGUAGCCACGCCAAUGGGUGAAAGUAUGGAUGCGGACAUAGUUUAUUCGUCUUGUCCUGUGAAUGUUCAAGGACGAGAGUUGCUUGCCGAUCUAAUUUUGCUAGAAGUACUAGCAUUUGAUGUUAUAUUAGGUAUGGAUUGGUUAGCUCGACAUUAUGCGAGUGUGGAUUGUCGCGAGAAGUUAGUGACAUUCAAUACCCCUGGAAUUGAGGUGGUUUCACUUCAAAGUGAAAAAUUAAAAUCCACUGCUAGCAUAAUCUCAGCUAUGAAAGCUCAACGAAUGAUGAGAAAAGGAUGUCAAGCAUUCUUGGAUAUUGUGUUGGAUACAGAGAAAGCUCAAAGAACUGUACAGAAUGUACCGGUGGUAAUGGAGUAUCCAGAUGUUUUUCCAGACGAAUUACCGGGAUUACCACCAGAUAGGGAGAUAGAGUUUUGUAUUGAGUUAGCUCCUGGUACCAAACCGAUAUCAAUACCUCCUUAUCGAAUGGCGCCAGCAGAGUUAAAGGAAUUGAAAGAUCAACUAGAGGAACUACUUAGUUGUGGUUUUAUCAGACCAAGUGUUUCCCCAUGGGGAGCACCUGUUUUAUUUGUUAAAAAGAAGGACGGAUCAUUUCGGCUCUGUAUAGAUUACAGACAGCUGAACAAAGUUACAAUCAAGAACAAGUACCCAUUGCCAAGGAUUGAUGAUUUGUUCGAUCAACUGCAAGGAGCAAGGUAUUUUUCUAAGAUUGACUUGCGAUCAGGAUAUCAUCAGUUAAAGAUCCGAGAGGAUGAUGUUUCGAAAACUGCUUUUAGGACUCGGUAUGGUCACUACGAGUUCCUAGUUAUGUCAUUUGGAUUGAAUAACGCACCAGCGGCUUUCAUGGAUUUGAUGAAUAGGAUAUUCAAACCCUUCUUGGAUCAGUUUGUAAUUGUUUUCAUUGAUGAUAUUUUGAUCUACUCGCGUACGGAGGAGGAGCAUGCACAUCAUUUGCGCAUAGUUCUUCAGACAUUGAGGGAGCAUCAAUUAUACGCCAAGUUUUCAAAGUGUGAAUUUUGGUUAGAAGAAGUGGCAUUUUUGGGACAUGUUGUGUCUCAAAAUGGAAUCAAAGUAGAUCCAAAGAAGAUUGAAGCAGUUGUGGAAUGGAAACGACCAACUUCGCUGACUGAAAUUCGUGAUUUCUCAAAAAUCUCUGCACCAUUGACGAAGUUAACUCAGAAGAAUGCAAAGUACGAAUGGACAGAGAAAUGCGAUAACAGUUUUCAGAAACUGAAGGAGUGUCUAACGACAGCUCCAGUGUUAGCAUUACCUGAAGGUAUUGAAGGAUUCACUGUUUACUGUGAUGCUUCAAGGGUUGGUUUAGGAUGUGUUUUAAUGCAACAUGGACGAGUAAUAGCUUACGCUUCUCGCCAAUUGAAAAAGCAUGAAAGAAGGUGGCUAGAGUUGCUUAAAGAUUAUGAUUGCACUAUACAGUAUCAUCCGGGUAAAGCUAAUGUGGUAGCUGAUGCGCUAAGCAGAAAGUCUGCAGGAAGUUUAGCACAUGUUACAACAGAGUGGCGAAGGCCAUUGAUCAAAGAGAUCUAUACGAUGUUCAGUCAGAACAUUAGGUUUGAAGUUUCUUAUCUUGGAAGCUUGAUAGCCCAAUUAAGUGUGCGACCAACUCUAAUCGACAGGAUUAGGGAACUACAAGGUGAAGAUCCUCAACUAAAGCGUGUCAUGGAGGAGGUAGAGAAAGGAAAGUGUCAAGACUUCAGUAUUGUUAACGGAACACUGAAGUAUGGUACCAGAUUAUGUGUACCAGAUAUUGAAAAUUUAAGGCAGAAGAUCAUGGAGGAAACCCAUGGAUCAACUUAUAGUAUUCAUCCAAGUUCUACCAAGAUGUAUAGAGAUAUUAAGGAGAUGUACUGGUGGAACGGAAUGAAGCGAGAUAUUGCAGAGUUUGUAGCAAGGUGUCCAAUGCAGAAAGGUUUUGAUUCUAUAUGGGUUAUAGUGGAUCGUCUGACGAAGUCGGCCCACUUUAUACCUAUUAAGAUAUCAUAUACUGCGGCGAAAUUGGCACAAGUAUAUAUUGACAAGAUAGUCAGUUUACAUGGAAUUCCCGUGUCAAUAGUUUCAAAUAGAGGUUCAGUAUUUACCUCUAGAUUUUGGGGAAGUUUGCAAGAAGCGAUGGGAACGCGCUGGGAUGUGUAUUUGCCAUUAGUUGAGUUCUCAUACAACAACAGCUAUCAUUCCAGUAUCGAUAUGGCUCCAUAUGAGGCAUUAUACGGUCAGAAGGUACCAUUAAUUAAGCAGCGAUUGGAAACUGCUUUCAGUCGCCAGAAAAGUUAUGCAGAUUCAAAGAGAAAAGAGAUAGAAUUUCAAGUUGGUGACUAUGUCUUUCUGAAAGUAUCACCAAUGAAGGGUGUUAUUCGUUUUGGAAAGAGAGGCAAGUUAUCUCCAAGGUAUGAGGGACCUUACGAGAUUAUAGAGCGCAUCGGAGCGGUAGCAUAUAAAUUAGAUCUACCGCCAGAUAUGUCACAAGUUCAUCCGGUGUUUCACAUAUCGAUGCUGCGAAAAUAUAUCGCAGAUCCUUCUCAUGUGAUUCAACCACAAACUGUAGAGGUUAAUGAGGAACUUUCUUAUGAAGAGCAGCCUGUUGAGAUAGUAGAUACUCAACUACGGAAACUUCGUACUAAGGAGAUUCCUAUGGUGAAAGUGUUGUGGAGGAAUCGUUCUGUAGAGGAGUGUACGUGGGAGACGGAGGCGGAUAUGCGUCAGCGAUAUCCUUACCUGUUUUUACAAGGGUUGUGUCAAGAGAAAUUAAGAACACAGGUGUGGCGUAUCAUUCAAGACCCAAAUUCAUUACUCUAUCAAGUAUAUAAGGCUAACUACUUCCCAUCUACUGAUCUGUUUUCAACAUCAUUAGGCUCUCCACCUUCUUGGGGAUGGUGUAGCCUUAAAUUUGGAGCUACAUUGUUGGAACAGGGUAUUCGUUGGCAAUGUAAUAAUGGACAUUCUAUUCACAGUUUAUUUGAUCCAUGGAUCCCUACUACUUAUCCCUAUCUUCCUCAUUUAAAUCCAGAUAUUAAUCCUAAUUCCGUUCCAGCACUAGUAUCGGGUUUACUUAUUUCCAAUGGACGUGAUUGGAAUAUUCCAUUGAUAAAGGAAUUAUUUGUAGCUGAGGAUGUGGAAGCCAUUUUAUCUAUUCCUUUAUCUUUAUUUUCAGGUGAAGAUAGAUUGGUAUGGCAUCAUCAUAAUAAAGGCAUAUAUACGGUUAAAUCUGGUUAUCAUUUUCUUUAUAAGACCAUUCACAAUUCUGACUAUGUCAUGGCUCCUGGAUUUUCAACACAAGACUGGAAAUUAUUUUGGCAUGUUAAUAUACCUUCGAAGAUUCGUUUGUUUCUAUGCGAUGUAUUCACAAUGCUUUACCUACGAGGGAUUUGUUAUUGCAACGAUUCCAACAGUUCUCUUCUUGUCCUCAUUGUCAUCAAACUGAAACCUUAUGUCAUCUACUACUGGAUGCACUCCCAUUCAUUCUCUACUAUUUGGUUACAUAUAUGUUCUGAACUUCGACAAAUGGAUCCUUCAGAGGAGGCUUUAAUUUUGUUUUGUUUUCUUUUAUGGCAAAUUUGGAAGGCCCGUAAUGCAGCUAUAUUUAAAGUUGAGAUUAUCUCUGAAUCUCAAAUUAUUACAUUAGCUACUCAGGCCUGUAACUUUUCAAGUAGCAAUAUCACUUCUUCCAGUCUUCCUUCAGCUGAGUUCUUGAAAAUCAAUGUUGAUGCAGCGACUGAUAAACAUUUUAAAUUUGGAACCAUUGCUGCCAUAGCAAGAAAUCACCUGGGUUCUGUGGUGGCAAAAUUUUCAGCUGUAUAUAGAUCCAUAUGGGACUCGGGUAUAUUAGAAUUUCUUGCUUUACGGGAGGCAAUGAACUGGGCUAAAUCUUGA